UUUGUUUUCUAUAUGAGAUCGAUCAAUUUGUCUUUACAUGAGGGCAACUGAGUUACCACCCUCAUCUUGUCCUUUAAAAUGUUUUUCACGACUUAAUUGCAGGAGACGUCAGUACGCUUGCAUAGCAAAACAAAGGGGACAUACAGGUCUUAACCAACUGAAGAAAGAAGAAAAUAAGCCACAGAUUCAUCAGCUUGGUUGGUCCACCUACAAGAAGAGCGAGAUCGAGAGAUCCUCAGGAGGUUACAGCGGAAUCAAAACCAGCACCGCAAUUAUGGCGACCUCACAAGAGAUGGAUCAACAACAACAAUCUCCAGUCAGACCAUCAGCGCCGUUGCUUCUGACCACAUCUCCUUCAUCUCUAAGACGAAGCAGCAGUUUGUCUUCUUCAGAGCACCAAACCACGACGACGAAGCCGCUGUGGGCGCCUCUUGAAACUGAUGCUCCCAUUACGUUAGCGUCACAUAAUGAUGAUGAGGCCCACGUUUGCCAACUAUGUAGCUGCUGGUAUGAGACACGGAAAGGUCUGUCCAGUCAUGCCCGCUUUCAUCUACGGCAGCUCGGAAUCCCUGACAACGAGAUCAAGGGCAGCCCCAUUGACUUUCUGUACCAGAUAAUGAACGAGGAGGACCUCAAGUCCGUCAGUAAGGAUCAACAGGAGCCCCGCUCUGGAAACAGUGUACCCGGGACUCCACCUAAACGUCCCUCAAAACCGUCCUCUCCAUACACGUCUCCUGCUUGUAAGCGACCAAAGUCUUCUGAGGAGUGCACAUGUACUCUUUGCGGGGAGAAAUGUAAAAAUCGAAGAGGCCUGGCCAGCCAUGCACGCUCUCACCUGCGUCAGAUCGGGGUGCUGGACUUGCUGGGAAAAGAAGAGUCUGCUAUCGACACUAUUCAGGACCUGGUGAGCAGUGGCGUGUUAGAAACCAUGCAACCCGCUAAAGUGAAAAGUAUCUCCAGCCCCAAUACCGUUCUCUCUUCAGUACCAGCCUCCCCUGUAGCUUCCCCGCCUGUGUCUCCAGUCACGGGGCAAUCCAGGUCCCCUUUUCAGUCCACUUUCCAGAGCCCUGCAAAGUCGCCUCAGAUCCCUGGGAAUAGGGCUCCAAAGGCUAAGAAGGGCUUUCGUUUGGCGGUGGACCCCCUCCUCAGAAAGCCCAAGCCGGAACCUUUGGAGGUGGAUGUGUCUGGACCGAUAGGAUCCAGCUCUAGCACCAGCAGCACCCCCACUCCGAGCUCAUCAGCUCUUGUAACUCCUCCAAAGUCUCUCAGUGCAGAUGAACAGUCGCCACCAACAGUCCUCUGCGACUACUGCGGUCAACUCUUUGAGACCCGCAAAGCCCUCUCGUGCCACGCCCGCGCCCAUCUGCGUCAGCUUGGUCUCACCUGGUCCAUCAAGACGUCACCGAUUGAUCUCCUCAAAGACGUUAUGAUGCAAGGGGAAGAUGGCGGUAAGGGCUUGUUGUCCGGUGAGGCAUCGGCGUUGAGGAAAGCCUCCUUGAGCCCUCAACGUACGAAAAGGAUAUUGGACACAACCUCAAACUCCUGCUCCUCACCUCUGGAUUACUCCAUGAAAGAGAAGCCUUCGUAUGGCAAGAGUGAGGCUUUAAUCUUAGACGCAUCCUGCGAGGUUUGCGGGUUCAACUUUGAAAACCGCACGGCACUGGCCAGUCACGCACGGGCCCAUCUCCGUCAGCUCGGCGUCGUGGAAUGGAAGGCGGAAGGGGCGACAUCGCCAAUCGAACACCUCAAGGAGUUUAUGCAGAAACACCCGGACAGGGUGGCUGCUCUCGGUCGUCGCUACCGGGACGGGGAACUGUGCAUCAAGAAGAAAGGGUCUUCAUUAUCCACUCUGUCGGACUCUGAAUCUUUGCCAUCCGACCUGAAGAACUCGGUGCAUAAUGUGGCCAAAGAGGACCAGGGCGUUUCCAUUGUCUCACCCAAAAAGCCGCCAGGACAAACAUCCUCUGUAACAGCAUGUGAAAACGCUGGUGUGCGCUCUCCAAGAGAACGUUUGCCUCCAAAACAACUUGUACCUGCACCAGAAGACAAUCAAGACAACAACUCCCAGCAACUAUCCAGAUCCGGCAACAUCCCAGCGCUGCUCCCCAAACCUCCUUUAACUCCUUUGGUCAAACUGGUCGGAAAAGUUUACUCCCUCAAAUGCAGGUUUUGUGAAAAAGUGUUUCACGGGCCACUGUCUGUUCAAGAGCAGUGGAUCACACACCUGCAGAAACACAUCCUCUCUCUGGGCUACAAAGGCAAAGAGUCCCCCCCUGCUGCUCCGGUAUCUCCUCCAGCUCUCAUCCAUCCGGUGGCUGUCUAGUUUAAACAACUCUCCCAAAACGUAUGGAUGAAUGAAUUAAUGCAUGGUUUAUUUUGGAACUGUCUUUACAUUGUCAUCCAAAUGAUUCAGUCUUGUAUUUGUGCUGCUUAAUUAUUAGCAAUUUUAUGAGGGACCAAACCUCAUUUUAGCUUCAAGCAGCGCAAUGAAGCCCUUUUGAGUGUAGAAUCCUUGUCAAGGCACAUUUUUACACAUGUAUUUUAUGUUUAUACUUAAAUAUGGCAGAAUACACAUUAUACUUAAGAUUGAUAGUAGUUACAGUAUAAGCACUGUUAUCUACUCUUUUUACUGUGUAUGAUCUCCUUUUACUUAUCCUUUUUAACACAUGUCAAUUAAAUUCUGUCUCUUGUAUACGUGGUGUGAUUUAAUUGAAAGUAUCAUUGAGUGCAUCCAGUCUACUCUAAUAUUUAGGUAACAUUACCAAAGGAUUAGAUACUGGCCUUGAUUGGAUUUCCUGGGUUCAUUGUUUACAAACAUCCCCUGUCAAAUAUGCAUCCAGGCCAGUGUUUAUUCUCCAUUGAUAAAUGGGCUUAAAAGUGCAACACAGGCCUUUUUCAUGCAUUUCACUUCAUUAUUAACGACAUGCUGCAGUAAGUGAAGUGCAGAGUAGAAUCAAACAAACUAAAUCAAUGAUACUACCCAUUUUACAUUUAAAG